AUGAAGAAGAAGAUGACAAGCACGAUGCGGCCGAAGAAGAAAGUUGCAAAGGGAACUCUUCGAUACGAUUUACACAAAACAAUCAAGGAAGGUGUGUCCAAGGGUUUGUUAAAAGAGGCAGUUCUUUGCCCACCAAACAUUAACACAAACGAAUGGCUUGCCGUGAACUGUUUUGACUUCUUCAAUAACAUUUUGCUUAUAUAUUCAUCCGUUUCUGAUUUGUGUUCGCCAAGUAAUUGCCCCAUCAUGACGGCGGGUCCGUCAAUGGAAUACCUUUGGUCGGAAAAUAAAAAGACUUUUCCGUUGUGUGCUCGUGAGUACUGCGAUAGGCUUUUCGCGUGGGUUCAGACGUGUUUUGACGACUCAAAGAUCUUCCCAGAGGAGUUCACCUCCAAGUCUCCAAAAUUGUUCUUGCCGACGAUCACAAAGAUAUUCAAGAGACUUUUCAGAGUCUAUGCCCACAUGUUUUAUAGCCACGAAAAACAUUUGAAAGACUUGGACCUCAGUGAGCAAGCAUUUUUGGGAUUCAGACACUUCUAUUUGUUCUGCAGAAAGUUCGAAUUACUCAGCAAGGACGACAUUUCCCCUCUUGCCGAAAUGGUUAGCCCAAUUGACAAAGAAUUCGAUAUUAAGACACUGAAUUGA